GAUCUGGUAAACAUGGAGAGAGACUCUGCUAUCCGUCGUAUCAAAUCCGUCCAGAACAGUCAGAACCAGAGGGACGUUGCUGGUGAGUCGGAUGGGCAGAACGGGCUCGGACCCGCUGCGCGGCGGCGGAAGCAGAAGCCGGAGGUGAGCGCGCAGCUACUGGGAGAGAGUUCGGUUCUGCUGCUGCUGCUCGGGUUCGUGUGUCUGCUGUGGGUUCUGGUUCUGAUCUCACUACAGAUGCUCGUCAUCAGAUCCAGCGGGGAAUUCAACGCCAUCCGGGCCAGGAAGCAUUUGGAGCAGAUCACCAGUGUCGGGCCACGGACUGUAGGAAGCCCCGAGAACGAGCUCACGACAGUAAACUACAUCCUGGAUCAGAUCGAACAGAUCCGGUUAGAGAGUGCCACCGGACAGCACACCAUCACAGUGGAUGUCCAGCGUCCCACCGGAUCAUUCAGCAUCGAUUUCCUGGGCGGCUUCACCAGCUAUUACGACCGCGUGACCAACAUCGCUGUUAAACUAGAACCAAAGACGACAGCGCAACACUUCAUGCUCGCCAACUGCCACUUUGAUUCAGUGGCCAACAGCCCCGGGGCGAGUGAUGAUGCGGUGAGCUGCUCGGUGAUGUUGGAGGUUUUACACUCUCUGGUGAAUCUCUCCACGCCACUCAAACACGGGGUCAUCUUCCUGUUUAACGGCGCAGAGGAAAACAUACUGCAGGCGAGUCAUGGCUUUAUUACCCAGCAUCGCUGGGCUCAGCAGGUUCGAGCUUUUGUGAAUCUGGAGGCUGCAGGUGUGGGCGGGAAAGAGGUGGUGUUUCAGACAGGUCCAGAGAACCCGUGGUUGGUUCAGGCGUAUGUCCGUGCUGCUGUUCAUCCGUUCGCGUCAGUGGUCGGACAGGAAGUGUUCCAGAGUGGCGUUAUUCCCUCGGACACAGACUUCAGAAUCUACAGGGAUUUUGGGAAUAUUCCUGGAAUAGAUCUUGCGUUUAUAGAAAACGGUUUCAUCUACCACACUAAAUAUGACACUCCAGACCGCAUCCACACCGACUCCAUCCAGAGAGCAGGUGACAACAUCCUGUCUGUGCUCAAACACCUGGUGAUGUCAGAGGAACUGGGCAACUCUUCUGAAUACCGCCAUGGCAACAUGGUUUUCUUCGAUGUACUGGGCGUGAUGGUGGUGGCGUACCCUGCACAAGUCGGUACCAUUUUAAACUACAUGGCUGCCGUGGCAACCCUCAUCUACCUGGGCAAGAAGUGCAUGCUGCCUAGCAAUGUGGGUGGGCGGUACAUCCGUGAGCUGCUGUAUGCGACGGGUGUGACGGUUUUGAGUUGGUUCGUCACUCUGUUGACGGUUCUUAUCGUGUCUUUGCUGGUGACGUUGAUGGGUCGCUCCAUGUUCUGGUACAGUCAAUUCUACGCCUCCGUCUGUCUGUAUGGAUCUGCUGCCAUCGGCAAGAUCAUUCUGAUACACACGCUGGCCAAGAACCUGUUCUACGGGAAUGUUCGUCGUGUGGAGUUGGGCGAGCUGUUUUUUGACGUCAGUCUGCUGUUGUGGUGUUUUGCGCUGUUUUUUCUCACUCAUCAUGGUCUGUGUUCAGCGUAUGUGCCCAUGAUGAUGGUGGUGUUUCCUCUGAGCAGCAAACUUCUGCUCAAAAAACACUUCACACAGAGAGGUGCGUCGCUGCAGUAUUCAGUUCUGUAUCUGACGGGUCUCGCGCUGCCGUACGUUCACAUAAUGUUUCUCAUCUGGGUCGUCUUUGAGAUCUUCACACCCAUUCUGGGUCGCAGCGGAACGGAAAUCCCGCCUGAGGUCAUCCUGGCUUCUCUUGUUACCCUGGCAACCGUUAUGCUCUCUUCUUAUUUUAUGCAUUUGAUCUAUCUGGCUCGCAGUACGAAGCGGAUCUUGGCUGGUCUCGGAUCAGUGUUUGUGCUAAUGUUUAUUCUGGUCUCAUGUGGUCUGUUCUUUCCAUAUUCUGCUGACCCGUCCAGUCCGCGACCCAAGCGGAUCUUCCUGCAGCACACCACUCGCACCUUCCACGCGCUGGACGGAUCUGUGGAGCGCUCCGACUCCGGUUUGUGGAUUAACAGUCUGGAUUACACGGGAAUGCAGCACAUAACACCACAUAUACCAGAUAUAAACGACAGCAUCCGCAUGCGCUGUCAGGAGAAUCUGCCAUUCUGCGGGUUUCCGUGGUUCCUGCCGGUCAAAUUCCUUGUCAAGAAAAACUGGUAUCUUCCGGCUUCUGAAGUCUCUCCCAGAUCUCCUCUUGAGUUCAGACUGAUAUCCAGACAGGAAACGGAAUGGGGGACCGUUAAAAUGACCUUUGAGGCCAAAGGGCCGAGUCACAUGUCCCUGUAUCUGCUGCCGCACGCUGGCGCGUCUCUCACCAGCUGGUCGUUUGGUGACGGCACGCCGCAGUAUGACAUGGGUGGAGAAUAUUUCAUAUUUUACUCUCAUGGUCUUGAUGCACCUGUGUGGAAUUUCUGGUUUGAGAUCCAGCCGCAGAAGUCUUCAGACAUGUCGACUGAUGAGGGAAUGAUCUCUCUCGCAAUCUCAGCUCAUUAUUUCUCUGGUUUGGACCGGCAUUCAGAACCACUCGAGUCUUUACUGCAGAGAUUCCCGGACUGGGCGUUCCCGUCCUCAUGGGUCAGCACGUACCACAUGUACAGAUACUGAGGGGCAGCUCGGACACACACACACACACACACUCUUCUGAUGUCCCUCACAGAGACCAGACUCACCCAUCACUGUGUUUGCUGGUGCAGGUGAAUGAAGACACGACAGAAUCAAGAUCGAUCAUUAGUUUAGACUAACUGACAGUGUUUGCUUUUAUUUACGUUGAUAUCUUUUCACAUUAAAAAAAAUCCUCGUUUUAUGAAUCAUUCUCCGCCGUUCUCAGGUGAAUCUCAUGAAAACAUGUCCAGGUCAUAUUUCAGCCCAAAAUUGAAAGGGAAAUACAUUUUAUUUUGCAUAAAGAAGCCUUUUCGAGGACCAUACGGCUUCAUUUUUAAUUGUUUUGCAUCGUCACAUUGUUCAUUACAAUAAAGCACACAUUCUCAUUACUGUUUGAGAUUUUUAUUAUCAGUGAGGAGUCGUAUUACUGUAAUGUUUCACUGUAUGUAUUACAGUAAAAAAAAAAAUAUGAAGGGCCUGGGUAGCUCAGUGGUAAAAGACGCUGGCUACCACCCCUGUAGUUCACUAGUUCAAAUCCCAGGGUGUGCUGAGUGACUCCAGCCAGGUCUCCUAAGCAACCAAAUUGGCCCGGUUGCUAGGGAGGGUAGAGCCACAUGGGGUAACCUCCUCGUG